AUAGUUUUGGUUCAUCAGCCGUCAAUGCUUGGAAUCAACCCCCCAUCAAAUGGGGUCCGGAUCUAGUGUUUUUAUGCAAGGGACAAUAGAGAAGAACUUCUUGUAUUCCCUUUGAAAAGAGAAAAUGAUUAGGAGUUCCAGUGUAUAUGGUCAAGGCUGAAUUGGAAGAACACAAGACAUUUAGGGUGGAAGUGACACUUGGUGGUUCAAUUAAAAGCACAAAAACAUUAAAGGAGAGAGAACUGGCUAAAACUCUCCUUCGAGGAAUAAGGGAUGGAAUAUUGGAGGGAUUUGGAGGGAAAGACUGGUGUGUUUGCAUCUUCAUUUGUAUUUUAGAUUAUACAUAAAUUGGAAGAUCAUUGUCUCCCCCAACAUUAGAAGGCUCAAUAGCGCUAUUUCCCACGGUUAUAGUCCUUUUUCCGUUCAAAUAUUGUUUAGUGUUAACAGUGCCCAAUAUCUGGCAUCCGUGUCUCUAUUUCGUUGUGUGUGGCUCUAUUGUUUCAUCCGUAUAAUUGGCAUUUGAUCUUAUUACUGUUUUUGCACUUUUUCUCAUCAUUUUUUGUUCUAUCUUGAAUCUUGAUUACCACAAAUUAUGCAAUAUCGAUGAUUUAGAUUCUUCCGCUAUCUCUGCAAGUAGUCGUCCGCCGGGGCAAGGAUGUAUGAACAACAAGCCCUCGUUCAAACCAAUGGGCUAGAAAUGGCUCUGAACAAUAUCGAUGACAUGAUGGCGAAUGUCAUGGAAAAGUUGAAGCGAGACCUACCAGGUCCUUCUAGGAUCCCACGUGACCUGGUUAGACAGACACGUCAGAUCCUAGGGACGGCCGGAGGGCAAUCUUGUCAUAUUUUGCAUGAGCUUCGUAACCUUGAGGAGAUUGAAAGGGAAAGGGAGGAGAUUGAUAGACGCUUGGAAGAGGAGUUAGCUCGGAACAAUAUGGAUAAUCGCAAUAGACCCCAGACAACAAAUAGGGCGUCGGUAGGACUCUGGGCUACUAGCCAGCCACAUAAUAAACAAUUAGAGCAGGGGGCUGCCAUUGAUGUGAGUAACAAGAUUGCAGGAAAUAGUGUGAGAAAGAGGGCUGUUACGGAUUUAAAAGUUGUUGCAGACACUCCCUUGAGGAAGAGGACUAAUCUGAGAGCAUUAGCAGCAGCAAUUGGGAAGCCUAAGUCAACAGUUCAUGAGUGGGUUAAAAGAGGUAUGCUUAGGAGCCAUUCUAAUGCUAUCAAACCAUACUUAACUGAUGCAAAUAAGAUCACAAGGCUGAGGUUCUGUUUAGAUCAUGUUGACCCUUACAACAUGGGCAGUAUGCCUAAGUUUAAAACAUUUAACAAUGUUUUACACAUUGAUGAGGAGUGGUUCUUUAUGUCUAAAACUUCACAGAGGUUUUACCUCCUUCCAGAUGAAGCAGACCCUUACAGAGCAUGUAAAUAAAAAAGAUUCAUAGCCAAAGUCAUGUUCUUAUGUGUGGUUGGGAGACCACUUCUUGGGGAGAAUGAAGAGGUGUUGUGGGA